AUGAGCCCCCCUCCAAGUACACCUACGCCCAAAAGGUUUCUUUUGCCAAAACGGGGCACGCAGUCGUCGCAAACUCCUGCGACGUUACCGCGUUUCCAGUCAACUCCUCGAUUUGCCUCCUCAUCUGUUCCGAGGCCAACACAGGCAAGAACCGGCAUAGAUAUUGAAGACGUUGAAGAAGUAGGAGAUAAUUCACAAGAAACUCUUCCAGAGAGCGAUGAACCCCAAGUUCAGCUCAGACAGCAUGACCCAAUCCAUGACUCCAUCGAAAUCGAGUCUGAUGCCACUGCAUCACAAGGUGGCAGCAUAGCCAUUUCAGAUAACGAACCAGAUGCUGUUCUUCAAGACUCUCUGGACCUUGAGAUGUCUAAUUCUACACUUUCGCAAUACGACUAUCCCUCAUUGGAAGAGCGGGAACCGAAACGGCGAAGGGUAUCGAGUUCACCUCGGCGAGAAUCUAGCACACCAGAGGAGCAACGUGACCAGGGCAGUGAAUCCCCAGAAGAGGCUUACGAAAGUGGCCUUAUGCCAUCAGAAGAGUUUACACAGAGUAUCCAAGAUGUUAUCAACCUCAACAAUGAGUUAAAACCUCUUCAGCAGCCAACCUUUCAUGCGCCACCACGCUUCAAGCCUGUCGACCUCGAUCCCGCAGUGGAUGGCCUACCCGCAGCGUUCUCCCCCCAGCGUCGAGGAGCAAAAUACGUAGCUGGUGGAUUAGCUGCUGAACUCCAAGGCUGGCUCUCUGAAGUCAAGGGCUGGGAAGGUACGGCACCAGCGACAACUCUGACCAAGAAAGUGAUUAUAGAGGAAAUUCGACCAGGCCGCCGAAUGUACCUAGUCAAAGCGCGGACCGGCACAUCUGGAGAGGGUAGAUACCUGCUUGCAGGCGAAGGUAGUUUAACAGGCCUUGGCCAGAGGAUGCCGGUGACGCUUGGGAGUGUUGUUGAUGUGGGACAGCCUGUAUGGGAUAUUGUGUUGGAUGGACAAGUUUGGACGGUGGCGUGCGAUUGGGGUGUAUCUGAGAGCGGUAACAAUGGUGAUUGA